UGAUCACAUCGCCAUGCCUGCAGAUUUCUCAUUGAUCUGAAUUACUGCCAUACAUUCCACCAAAAAAUGUCAAAUCCACGAAAACAUUUCGUGUUGGUUGCGUUUCCAGCAUUCGGGCACAUCAUCCCUACAUUAGAACUGGCCAAGAAAAUUGUUCAUUUUCAUGAUGUAACGUUUGUUGUAUCCGCUGUGAAACUCUCCGUCAUCCGCGAGCGAAAUUUAAUGCCGCCACUAAGUGAGUACCCCAUCACCUUCCUUCCCUUGGAAGACGGACUAACACCGGAAAACGACAAAAAUGUCAGCGCUGGCCAGCUGAGUGUUAUCGCCAAUGCCUCAAACGAAGCGUUGCGGAAAUUAUACGCCACGGUCGCGGCGGACUUUGUCAUUGCGGAUUUCCCGAUUGCGGCGUCUCUGGAUGCGUGUCAUGCACGGAACAUUGCCACCGGUGUCUUCCACACCGCGUCGGCGGCAGCGUUGUGCAAUAAACUAGCGGUUACCGAAACCACGGUGACGAUUCCGGAUGAACAGUUUCUGCAUCCUCGCAACGGGAACGCGGAUAUCGGGGCGCACGGAAUUCCCGAAUCGAUGAAACAAAAUAAUCUGAGCAUUCAAGCCGCAAUGAAAAACACACAAGCAAUUAUCCUGAACUCCAUACGUGAACUGGAACCACAGGCUAUCAAUUUUCUUGCCGGUCAUCGUGUUACGAAAGAUAAAGAUGUUUUAUUUGUCGGACCGCUGUUUCCUGUUGACACCGACUCGGACGACACUGUAGUGCAGUGGCUCGACAAACAAGCGUAUCGCAACGUUGUUUAUGUGUCAUUUGGCAGUCUAUUGAUUGACUUCCCAGCGAAACAAUUAACCGAAAUCUGGAUGACGCUGAUAUCGUUGAAUCGACCGUUUCUCUGGGUUUUGAAAGAACGUGAAGAAACCUGUUUGAAGGCACUGAAUCUCCCGGAAACCGACACGGAUCAUUUGAUUGUCCGUUGGGCUCCACAGAAACUUGUCUUAACGCAUCCGGCCACGGCGAUCUUCGUGUCGCACUGCGGAUGGAAUAGUACGAUGGAGAGUGUGUGGGGCGGAGUUCCAGUAGUAGCCUGGCCUAUGGCGGCGGACCAACACCAGAACAGUCAGUUUCUGGUGGAUUCAGGCGUUGCAUUGAAGAUCCCAAACACCAGCAUGUUGUUUGAGAGGGUGAUUAGUACGCAGCAGAUUGGGCAGCGGGUGCUGGAGUUGACCGGAUGGUCCAAUGGGCCGUAUGGGAGCGAGUUCACUCGAUGUUGCGGGAUUAUGAAGGAACAGGCGCGCGCUGCGGUAGCGGCAGGUGGAAGUUCGGAUAACGAGUUUAAGAAGCUGGUCGGAAGUUCUCCGUAGCUUAUGUUUUAGCAGUUUGCCUGGUGGCGGCUCUUGCAUCCUCAGGAUGUUUUGUUAUUGCUAGGACUUAAAUAAUACCGUAACACCACCUCGAUAUUUCGUUUACAAAUAGUAAUAACAAAGCACAUUAUAAUUGCGCGUUACAUAAUGUACAUCUACCGGCAAAUUUUUAUUUACUCUUGGGAGCAAAUAUACAGUAUACUACAGUUUCCCAUCGAUUCCUCAGAAAAUUGAGAAUAAAAGUGAU